AUGGACUCUCACCGGCGCAGGCUCGUCGGCCUGGUGGCGGAUCUCGUCCCCACCAAAGUGCUUCAACAGCGUGCUCAUGCCGCUGAGGGCACAGGGGCGGCUACGGCCACCUCAACCAUCUCUCCCUACUCCUCCAACCUAGAUGGCGUGAACCAGCCUGUCAACAUGCUGUUCAAGGACAUGCUCUGGGCCAGCUUUGGCGGCAUGGCCGCCAUCGUCCUCAUCAUCACUAUCAGUCGUAUCCUCUGGGCCCAGCUCCGUCAUGUGUCAGCCAUGUCCGUCGAGGGCGAGAGACAGAACUACUGGAAGACGGCUCAGUGGAUUUGGAUGCCUAGCUUGAAGAAGCAUCUCAUCUACGCUCCCCUCUGGAACAAACGCCACAACAAGGAGAUCAAGCUCUCCAACGCCAUUGGUAUCGGCACUUUGCCCUCGCGCAUGCACACCUUCAUCCUGGGUUUCUAUCUGGCCAGCAACAUGGUCUACAUGUUCUUCUUGAACUGGCAAAAUGCCAACAUAUACGCCUUCUGCGCCGAACUCCGGGGCCGAUCUGGCACACUCUCCGUCGUCAACAUGGUACCUCUCAUCAUCCUUGCCGGUCGCAACAACCCGCUCAUCGGCAUGCUCCACGUGAGCUUCGACACUUACAAUCUCCUCCACCGGUGGAUCGGCCGCAUGUCUGUCAUCGAGGCUGUCCUCCACACCAUUGCGUGGUUGAUUGUUCAGGUUGCCGACGGUGGAUGGGACAGUGUUUGGCAUAGAAUGUCCAACCAGCUCUUCAUCGGCUCAGGCAUGGCUGGUACUAUCGCCCUCGUCGUCAUCAUGAUCCUCUCCUUCUCGCCAGUCCGCCACGCCUUCUACGAGACCUUCCUCAACGUCCACAUCAUCCUGGCCUUCUUCAUCUUCCUGAUGACGUACAUCCACUGCGCCGUCGCUGGAAUGCCUGGUGGCCUUCCUCAGCUGCCCUGGAUGAUUGCCAUCUUCACCUUGUGGUUUCUCGAGCGCAUGGCGCGUAUCGUCCGCGUCGCCUACAUGAACUGGUCUGACCGUGGUGUCACUGACGCUAUCGUCGAGGCGGUCCCUGGCGAGUGCACCCGUGUCACGAUGAACCUUCCGCGCUACGUUGACGUCAAGCCUGGCACUCAUGCCUACCUGCGCUUCAAGGACAUCCGACCCUGGGACUGUCACCCUUUCUCCAUCGGCUGGGUUGAGCACAUUCCCGACCACCGCGCGGUACAUCUGGACGAGGAGAAGGCUCAGUCUGCCUGCAUCGACAAGAAGAACACGACAACCUCGAUCUCGUUCAUCAUUGGUGCCCACACCGGCUUCACCCGCGAUCUUUACAAUGUCGCCCGCCAAAGCGGUGACCGCGCUAUCCGUAUGAAGGCUGUGGUUGAGGGACCCUACUCUGGCCACCAUUCGCUCGACUCGUACGGCCAUGCCGUUCUCUUCGCCGGUGCCACUGGUAUCACCCACGCUAUUUCCUACCUGAAGCCCCUCAUCGAUGGCUACAACAACGGCAGUGUGGCAACGAGACGCAUCACCCUUGUAUGGAUCGUUCGCGACUACGAGGCCCUCGAGUGGGUUCGCCCGUGGAUGGACACCGUCCUCCGCCUGCCCAACCGCAAGGACAUCCUGCGCAUCCAACUCUACAUCACGCGCCCUCAGAAUUCCCAGCAGAUUGUCUCGGCUUCCAACACAGUUCAGAUGUUCCCAGGACGCCCGAACAUUCCUUUGUUGAUGAAGCGCGAGGUCUCAGAGCAGCAGGGUGCCAUGUGUGUACACAUCUGUGGACCUGGAGCCUUGGCCGAUGAUGUGAGAGCGGCAGUGAGGGAGGUACAGGACGAAGGCACUGUGGUCGACUUUGUGGAAGAGAGUUUCACAUGGUAA